UUCCUAAAUUUGGAUUUUAGAAGUUGUAUUUCAAGGGCAAAUGCAUCAAGUUCUCAUUUCAUAAAAUUCUAAAAAGGAAGAAAGAAAGAAGAAAGAAAAAGAGAAAAACAAAAAAAUAUAUAAAGUAGAGAUAUAAAUAUAAAUAUAUUUAUAUCAUAUGAUAUGAUUUCAUUUUCGUUUCAUAAUCGUUUCCAUAUUGGUACGUCGACGAGUACAUAGAAAAAUUCAACAACAAAGUCUCGCACGAAGACGAAGACGAACAACUAAGAAGAACGCAUUAGUUGAACAAAGCCUAAUUCACACAUAAAGGGUGUGAAAUUACCUAAUUUCAUUUUCGAAUUCAUCAAUUUCAAUUUUUUUUAUACAAUUUUGGGAGGAUUUUUUGUUGAUUGCAUCGCAAGUUUUCUCCGCCAUUAAUUCUUCAAUUUCGACCUUCGCAAUUUCUCUCUCUUCUGCAAUUGGUGGCGAAAUUUCUGGGUUGAAGAAAUUUCUGUAAAAAAAAAAAAUGAAGACUUCAUUGAAGAAAUUGCUUAAUCAUCACAAUAAGCACAAUAACAAAGACAGAAAAAUUCAGCCUCUUGUUCAAUUGGAUGAGCUUGCUAAAGCUUCCGAGGCUAUGCAAGAUAUGAAAGACUGUUAUGAUAGUUUGCUUUCUGCUGCUGCUGCGGCAACAAAUAGUGCAUAUGAAUUUUCUGAAUCAUUGCGUGAGAUGGGUGUUUGCCUCCUUCAGAAAAUUGCAUUGAAUGAUGAUGAAGAAUCUGGUAAAGUGAUGUUGAUGCUUGGAAAAGUGCAGUUUGAACUCCAAAAGCUUGUUGAUAGCUAUCGCAAUCAUAUUUUCCAAACUAUCACGGUUCCAUCAGAGUCACUUAUAAAUGAGCUUCAUACUGUCGAGGAAAUGAAGCAUCAAUGUGAUGAGAAAAGGGAAUUAUUUGAGUACAUGAGAACAAAAUACCGGGAGAAAGGAAGAUCCAAAAGUGGGAAGGGGGACACUUUUACACUGCAGCAAUUACAAGCAGCAAAAGAUGAAUUUGAUGAAGAAGCUACCUUGUUUGUCUUUCGUUUAAAGUCUUUGAAACAAGGGCAGUCCAGAAGCCUUCUUACUCAGGCAGCACGCCACCAUGCUGCUCAGUUGUCUUUCUUUAGGAAGGCGCUUAAGUCACUUGAGGCAGUGGAACCACAUGUGAAUUUGGUGACUCAUCAGCAACAUAUAGAUUACCAGUUCACUGGCCUCAACGAUGAUGAGACAGAAGAUGUCGAAGAUGAUGAUGACAGUGAAGAUGAUGAUGUUAGCAGCACCUCUAGCAUGGAAGAUGAAGAAGAUUUGAGAUCCGAUUAUCAACGUAAUGAUCGGCAGCUCAGUUAUAUGUCUGCUGCAAGAAGCAAUAUGGAGGGAAAUGUGAAAGCUAGCCAUGAGGAUUCUUUUAUAAGAGAAAAGAAGAUCCUCAGUCAAUCAGCCCCACUGUUUACUCAGCGGAAGUUUGAACCAGCUGAAAGGAUAAGAUUGAUGCAGCCAUCGUCAUCUAGGAAGUUCCAUUCUUAUGUUUUGCCUAAACCAGGUGAUACGAGUAGGGUUUCUGCUUUACAAACCAAGGCACUUCCUCUGCAUGCUGAGAAUUUAUAUCAUUCAUCUCCUCUGGAGCCGAACACGUAUGAAAAGAUUGUGCGAACUGAAACCUUGUCUGGUCCUAUCCUCAUAAGCUCAAAGUCAGUAUUGAAAGAAAGUAAUAACAUCAGAAUUCCCCCACCUUUGACAGAGGGUAUUUCAGUGCAGCAGCUGAAACCUGAGAUCACAUUGAGUAGCAAAAAACUCAAAUUACAAUCCUUUUCUGGUCCUUUGACUAGCAAACCUUUGUCAACCAAGCCUUCGUUAUCUGCUGGCAAUCCUGUAAGUGCCACUGGUGUUCCGCCAUUUUCCUCCGGACCCAUUUUUAGGAGUACUGUACAUCGAUCAGCAUCAUCCCCUGUGAUAUCCCCUACUACCUCACCAACUUUCACCUCUCCGAGAAUAAAUGAGCUUCAUGAGCUUCCUAGGCCUCCAGUGCACUUUAUAUAUGGUUCUGGCAGACCUUCAGACACUGUUGGACAUUCUGCACCAUUGGUGUCAAGAAGUUCCGAGAAUUCUGCUGCUAGUAAAUUCUCUUUGCCUAAGAUAGCAUCCCCAUUACCUACUCCUCCUCGAAUAGGUUACUACUCCAUGCCCUUAAGUGGUGCUUCUGGAACAGCAACAAAAUCACCACCUUCCAGGCCUUCGGAAACUUCACCUGGUUCAGAGAAGUCGGGUGAUAUUUUCUCACCUCCUUUGACACCAAUGAUGUUAGAAAAUCAGCAUCCAACAAAAAGUUGAUUUGGACCAUCUUGUAGGCUGCUUUACCAGAGGUCUUAUGCAUAGUUUGCACCACCUACUGGGCCUAUCUGCUCGUAAGUUGGCGCCUAGAAAAUCACAGGAACAAGCCCCUGUAUAGACUGUACUUGUUUGUGAUCAUAAAAUGCAUACAAGCUGGUUAUAUAGGUAUUACAACAUGUUUGUUUGUAAAAGAGCAUAGAUUAUAUGGCAUAGAAAAUUAGGAGAUAAUCUGCUCUUCAUUGUUAUAUGAUAUAGUCUGUACCAUUGGUAGAAAAAUGUGCAGAAAGUUCUUCCUUAAGGUACUGCAGAAAUUAGGCCUCUGUACAUGGUUGCAUAAUUCUUUUGAAAUUACAAUAUAUAUUUGUUUAUAGGAGUAUUAUUUUCUUUGUAAUAGGAAUUUCCCGAUUUUCGGGUAUUUUUUGCAGAAUAUAAAGUUUGUAAGAUGAUAUUGUUCAUUUUCAUUCCAAAUUUAAUUACUCCCU